CAUCUCGGAUCGCUCAACAGUUUAAUCUCGACAGUCGCGGUUGACAUUUCAUUGAUCCGAAAUCAAUAUCAAAAUCAAUAUGAAAUACCUUGCUCUUUUCGCGCUGCUGUGUUGGGUUUUUGGAGCUGCCAUGGCCCAAGCAAAAAAUCCAAUUUGCGCCGAGGAGUUCGCUUUGGUGGGACCCUGCCGUGGGCUGAUUCCGAAGUGGUCCUAUAACCCGGAUAAAAAUGAGUGCAGCAAAUUCUCGUACAGUGGCUGCCAGGGAAGCAACAACAAUUUCGAGACCCAGGAGAAAUGCGAGGAGUCCUGUAAAAAGUAGGAACUCUAUCUAAAUUCUGCAUUCUUCGUAAUAAUAAUAUUCAAAACGCUGAUUUUUCCUGAUAAUAUUUUUGUAACGCCAAAAAAAUAAAACUCUGAUUUACCCCCAAAAA